GAAUAUAUGACAAGGAAGAAAGCAAGAGAUGCCUUUUUGAGGAAUAAUUUUGGGUUCAAGUUGGAUCAUUAGUCUGCUAAUCCUUUCUUCAUCAACUUACUCUCUCUCUCUUUAUAUUCUCUCCAAAAAAUGGCUAAGUUGGUAAAGAGGCUAUUUGGCUCCUUGUUUUCUGCCUUGACAUAUUGCUUUGUGAACUAUCAAGAUCAUCACCACCAUCAUCAUCUUCAUCAUCACACUGCAAAUUCCACUCAUUUCAAAGCCAUGCCUAAGAAGGGUCGCCCUCUCUCUCUUCAGACAGUGGAGCUCAAAGUCAGGAUGUGUUGCACUGGGUGCGAGAGAGUUGUCAAAGAGGCCAUUCACAAACUCCGAGGUGUGGACUCAGUGGAGGUGGAAUUGGAGAUGGAGAAGGUGACGGUUAUGGGAUACGUGGACCGGAAUAAGGUGCUGAAGGCGGUGCGUAGGGCGGGAAAGAGGGCGGAGUUUUGGCCGUAUCCUAACCCGCCGCUCUACUUCACGACGGCCAACCACUAUUUCAAGGACACCACCGUCGAGUACAAGGAGAGUUAUAACUACUGGCGCCACGGCUACAACAUGCCCGACCGCCACGGCUCGUUGCCUGUCACCCACCGUGGCGAUGACAAAGUUAGCAACUUCUUCAACGACGACAAUGUUAAUGCAUGUCAUAUUAUGUAAUGUUAUUGUUUAAUUUAUGAAUAUGCAAUCUGUAAAUCUCUUUGUAUAAAUUGAAGAGAUUUAAGAUUCAAUCUAUAUUGUUCUUUUCCUCAAUUUUAAGAAAAAAAAGGUUUGUAUA